AUGGCUGCAUCAGUAUAUGCUACACCGCCGCCCGAUCUCAGUGGCGAAGAAACCGUUCUAAGUGACGCCUCAAACUCCUCGCAAACCAACAGUAGUUCACAAUCAAAGAAACGUACGUUAUCGGCAACAUCAACACCUGGUCCCGUAACACCUGGAUCGACAAAUUUACUCGAUGCGACACCUGAUUUAUCGAAAAAACGUCGCAAACAAAGCACUCCAAUCAGAAUUUCCGCAAGUAAUGGAAGUACAAAUGUUGUUGAAGGUACGACAGAGACCACGAAUGGAGAUGUGACGACGGAAGAAGCGUCCGUUGGUGACUCUGAAGAAAAUUUGAAAAAUGGCGACGAUGAGGAAAUGACAGAAAAACCUCAAAUGACGAUUGAUCUCGUUGCGGAAGUGUCAAAACUUGAGCCCAAAGAGCGUGGGGAGAUUUCCUGCGUGCCAUUGAGUCAAUUGAACGAAAAGCGCGAAGAGCAAAAUGAACUUCCAAUAACCUUGGAAGCUUUAAAAGCCAUUGAAUUGCUGAAAAAACACGAAUUUGCGGCGAAAAAGAGUCCAAAAAACGACAAUGAACUAAAUGAAGAACCAAAAUCCCCUGAAAUCAAAAAAGAAGAAAUUACGCCCGAAUGGGAUGGCGAAAUUAAACGUAAAUUCCCAAGCAAACCUGAAGAAUGGUUACAACUCGCAGGAUUACCGUUUCCCUUCACUCCAGAAACCGCAGCUGCGUUACAAGCUUCCGGAUAUUUUCCGCAACUUCCGAUGUUGGGACAACUUCCUCCCGUUCCGCCAUUUACUUCGAGCGAUGGAACUCGUCCCGCCAACAUUCCACCGAGAAUUUUCAACCCCGAGGCUUAUUGUGAUUUGUGCAACAAGGAAUUUUGCAACAAAUAUUUCUUAAAAACUCACAAAGCGAACAAACAUGGGAUUUAUGAGCCGCCCGUGUCGAACGCUGACAUGGCUUCUCUCAAUCAAAUCGGACAAAUUCAACAAAUGUCACAACUUUUGCAAAUGCAGCAGCAGCAGCAGCAACAACAUCAGCAACGUCAACAACAGGAACAAGCGAUGCAAAAUCAAGCAAAUAACGAAAUGAAUUCGCAAGGCAGCACGUCGCCCACCAAUGCUUCAUUGACGCCACAGAGCAUUUUGUCGAUCGAAAAUACCGUUUACUGCGACGUUUGCUUCAAAAAGUUCAGUAAUGUCUUUUCCAUGAGGAAACAUCGCUCUAAAGUGCAUGAGGCACCUGUAAAUGGCGACAAUGGUAACGUUCCAAAACCAAAUAAUGACGGCGAGAAACAAGAAGAAGCCAAUUCUUCAGUAAAUUCUUUCCUGAAAUUACCUGAAGGCUUCCGCGAGGAUUAUUCCGUGGAGCAAGAAGAUGUCUCCUUCACGCCCCAACCUCGAAAAUUGUCUCCGAUGUCGAUUCAGCAAGCGCGCGAAGCUAAUUUCGCCUUCGAUAAACUCAAACGAUUGGGUGUCAUCAAUCCCGAGGCGUUCUGUGAGCUUUGCGGCAAAGAAUAUUGCAACAAAUAUUUCUUGCGAACGCAUAAAUUGAAGCGUCACGGUAUCCUACCAUUGCCUGACGACAUAAAAGAUGACCAAAAUUCACAAAUGCGAGCAGCGGACCGUGCUCCAUGGCAUCACAUCCAAACAUCUCCGUUAAAUUUGAUGGUUGGCGGUCUGGAUCCGGGCAUGCCAUUAUUACGUGCACCCCAAAAUGACGACUCUUCCGACAACAAUUCCGAUUCACCGAAAGAAAUGAAACAGGAAUCUUCCGCAAAUGUCACCACAGACGAAGAAAAGAUGUCUCAACCUCGUACUCCGAUAAAUAAUUCGCAAGAUGCUGAUGCCAUAAGUGUCGAUUUGCAGAAAUUACAAUCGAUGAUCAUGCAAUUGAACGAUUUGAACGCCCAUCGUGCGGCCCAGUGCACAAUUUGCGGCAAAGAAAUGGAAAAUCGGUAUUUAUUGCAUGCGCACAUGUUGUCGGAACACAGUGGCUUGGGCGAUAACAACAACGGAAUCAAAUCUCCAGGGCAAGAAUCCUCUCCAAUUCCCAUGGGACAAGAGUUUGAAAUUUGUAAAUUAUGCGAUAAAGAGUUUUCGAACGUUUUUAUGCUAAAACAGCAUGUUAUUGAAGUUCAUGGCAUGCAAACUUCCGAUUUGAGUCCUGUUCGUGAUGGUUUCGUAACGCCAGAUCGUCCAAUGAUGCCCAUGAAUUUACCUUCGACUCCGGGUCCGAAUGAUCGACGACCUCCCUAUACCAUGACCCCAACAAGCAGCUAUUGCGAGAUUUGUAAUAAGGAGUUGUGCAAUAAAUAUUUCAUGAAAACGCACAUGCAACGCAUGCAUGGCAUCGAAAUCGAGAACGGAGCACAAAUUGGCGGCGUUGUUUGUAACAUUUGCAACAAAGAAUUGUGCAGCAAAUAUUUCUUGCGAGUUCACAAACACAAUACACACGGAAUUGUCGACGAAGGAUCCCCCUUGCCGCCAGCUGCGCAACGAAUGAACGGCGAAAAUAGCUUGGACACGGAAAACAUCUUUCCGCAAGAUGCGAAUUUGAAGCCGGGUGAAGUUGGAGAGAUGAGUAAUCGGUAUUUUAGUCAUUUUACCGAAGUUUGCCCACUUUGCAGUCGUCGUUUCCGCAGCUCAAAGUGGUUGAAGGCACAUUUGAUGUCGGAUCACGGCAAAGCAGGCACCGACAAGUUAAAGGAGUUGGAAACGAAGAUGGCUUUGAGCAAACCUCCGAGUCCCGGUUUGAAAAUCCCCAAUGGAGCUUUUGGAUUGCCAUCGCCCGAUCAAAAUUUGCUGUCAAAAUCUGCAUUAUCGGGACUUUUUUCCAACGCUGAAAAUAUGGCAUCCUCUUCGCAAUCCGUUCGUGGUUACCAAUGUUCACAAUGUUCAUUUUCCACACCGAUCUUGCCAUUCCUCUUCAUCCAUGAACGUUCCCAUCAAACUCUUAACAUACCUCCGCAGCAGCAGCAGCAACAACAACAACAACAACCGCAGCAACUUCAAUCGGAAUCCGCUGUUUCACUUGCCAAGGACCAACAACAAAUUCGCGCAUCUCAACCAACCUCAGCUGCUUCAUCGAACGAAACUCCGAAUUCGACACCAGCAUCGACACCCAUUCCCACGCCGCAAGAACCCAACAUUGGCAUCAAUCCCGUAGCUCUUGUAGGUAAGCCUCCCCAAAUGAACGUAGAACCUCUCAGUAUUCUCAAUGAAAUGGCAAAUUUGACGCAACGUCCCGCCGUUUAUGCAUUGCCGCAAGAGGCAGGUCCGUUUGUGAUGCAAUCCUUCCUCGUCGAGGAAACGAACGAUCAAAAACUGAAUAACGGCUCGAACGCAAACAAGAAAUUCGUGCCGGUUGUCGUGUUUUUGCCCGUUAAGGAACGCAUCGUAUCGCCCGUGAAUGUCUCAUUUACAUUAACACCUGCCUAG